CAACAAAAGAAGUACAGAGAGUACGGCGCCCGGGACUGCUCAAUCCCAGUCACUACACACCAGUGUGUCAACCAGCUUUAUUAACAACUAAUGUGGACACACAUGACUUUCUGACGUAGAGUCGACAGGUUGGACCGCGGAGGAGGCGCCAUGACGGCGAUGGAGAUGUGGCUGAGCGCGCUGCUCCUGCAGGAGCACUACGGCGAGAUCGUGGAGCGCGUGGGCGCCUUCCUGAUCCGCAACGGCGCCCAACCGCUCAGGGUGAUCGUCAGCGAGACCGGGACCCCCACCGACCAGGUGAAGAAGGCGCUGUGCGUCCUCCUGCAGCACGGCCUGGCCACGUACCAGAUGCACCGCCGCGGCUUUGUGGAGUACUCCGCCCGCUGUGACCGCUGCCUGCGCAUCCUGCGCUUCCCCCGCUACAUCUUCACGGCCAAGACGCUGUACGGGGACGCGGGCGAGCUGAUCGUGGAGGAGCUGCUGCUGAACGGGAAGAUGACGCUGACCGCCGGCGUGAAGAAAGUCGCCAACCGCAUGACCGAGACCAUGGAAGACGGGAAGAGCAUAGAGUACAGCGAGGUGCUGGCGACUUUCACCCAGUUGGCAGACACUCACUUUGUCCAGCGGUGCCCGGGGGUGUCCGAUACUGGGGACGCGCCCAGGGUAGAGGGGCGUCGGCCCCCAGCCCCCACACUGGUCACCAACGAGAAGGAGAUGUACUGCGUCCCUAAAGUCACCCUGAUCGGGAGGGGGAAGCGGCGCCGCUCUUCCGAUGACGAUGAAGGCGCCACUCAGAGCAAGAGGCCGAAGAGAGACAGCGGUGCAGAGGACGGCCAGGACGAUGGGAUCUACUGGCAGAUCAACAUGGAUCGCUUCCACCAGCACUUCCGGGAUCAGGCCAUCAUCAGCGCCGUGUCCAAUAAGAUGGACCAGACCAGCAGUGAGAUCGUCCGCACCAUGCUGAGGAUGAGCGAGAUCACCACCUCCUCCAACGCCGCCUUCACUCAGCCGCUCUCCUCCAACGAGAUUUUCCGAGCUUUGCCCGCAGGGUACAACAUUGCCAAGCAGGUGUUGGACCAGUACCUAACGCUGCUGGCGGACGACCCGUUGGAGUUUGUCGGACGGUCGGGAGACAGCGGCGGCGGGAUGUUCGUCAUCAAUCUGCACAAAGCUGUCACCUCGCUGGCCACCUCCAACCUGGAGUCCAUCGUCCAAGAGAGGUUCGGCUCUCGCUGCGCCCGGAUCUUCCGACUCCUCCUACGAAAGAAACACCUGGAGCAGAAACAAGUGGAGGAUUUUGCAAUGAUCCCAGCGAAGGAGGCGAAAGACAUGUUAUACCGCAUGUUAUCAGUCAACCUAGUCAACCUGCAGGAAAUUCCUAAAACUCCUGAUCACGCCCCAUCCAGAACCUUCUACCUGUACACAGUGAAUCCUCUUUCGGCCGCUCGGAUGUUACUGCAGAGAUGCUACAAGACAGUGGCUAAUCUGAUCGAGAGGCGACAGUUCGAAACCAAGGAAAACAAGAGGCUGCUGGAGAAAUCCCAGAGGAUUGAGGCAAUCCUCACCUCCAUGCAGGCCACCGGGGCUGAGGAGUCUCAGCUCGCGGAGAUCGAGGAGAUGAUCACCGCCCCGGAGCGCCAGCAGCUCGAGAACCUGAAACGGAACGUGAACAAACUGGAUGCCAGCGAGAUCCAGGUGGAUGAAACCAUAUUCAUUCUGGAGUCCUAUGUGACUAGCACAAAGGCCACUAUCCUCUGACGCACAGGACCUCUGUUCCCAGCUUGUACACCGUGUGUGCAGGUGGUGGUCUAUCGGUUGGCGUCCCACCUGACAACGUGGUUAUUUCACCACUCCCCUCCCCCACCUUGUCCUCCCCCACCUUGUAUAUACUAUGUGACCCGCCUACCCCUCCCUCCGAUACUGGCCUAAUAGUUGUGACGCCAUCAUACGUUAGGGACAUCCUGGGGCUGGACGCGGCACGCU